AUGUUUUCCACCAGGACUGCACUGUCAACACUACGGCCGUCUCUAGCGGCAGCCUCUCAACGACCCCGACGCUCCAUACCUCGGAGGACAUUUGUCUCGUCAACGAUCCAUGGACUCUCGGAGGGCUUCCUUGACUUGGCCAUCGCGCUGCCCUUCCCACCAGAAUGGCCGCCGUACUCGUGCACCAUUAUCCUCGUCACCGUCGUGACGCGUCUCGCGUUCACUGUUCCUUUCUCAGUCUGGGCUAAGAACAGGCAAUGGCGUGCCGAGCACCUCGCCAUUCCUCAGCUGAAGAGCGAGAUGCCCGCCAUACACAAGGAGGUCCAGCAGCACAUGAAAAAGGACGGCUUUCGCGGCGACAAGGACGCUGUCAUAGCGGAGAUUAACAAACGGAGUCGCGUCAUCGCCGCACAACGGCGUAAGACGCUGCUGGCGGAAUACAACGCCUCGCCCAUCCCGACCAUCGCCAUGCCAAUCCUUACGCAGCUCCCACUCUUCGUCGGGACGAGCAUGGUGCUCUCGGACGCCACGCGGAGCGCGGGGACCGUGCUCGACUCGGAGACGUUCCUCACGCUCACGUCGCUCGCGCACCCGGACGCGACGCUCACGCUUCCCAUCGUACUCGGAAUGAUCACGCUCGCGAAUGUAGAGAGCUCGCGCUGGUUCGUGAGCGCGGAGGUGCUCCAGCGCGAGCAGCAGGUCGCGAAGUGGACGGCGGAGCGGCGUGCGCGCGGGGAGAACGUGCUCGAGCCGCGCAGGAUCUAUCAGACGGCGCUCCGGAUUAUGUCGGUCGGGCGCAUCCUCAUCGCUGCGAUGGUCCCAGGGGGCAUACAGCUGUAUUGGGUGACGUCUGCGACGUUUGGGCUGCUCCAGUCUUGGAUACUGGACUACUGGGAUAUGCGCCGCCGUAAACGCAGCAGCGCGAUCGCAGGGAAGGAGGGGCCUUCAGUCUGA